AGGGCGGCCCACCGAGUGCUGCUGGCCUCCAAGCUGACACGGGACACCACACAGCAUGUUCCUGCAGCUGCCUCUGCUCCUCGGGCUUCUUGCUCUGGGGCCCCGCGUCUGUGGCUUGAAGUUUGAGGACAUCAGUAAGAGCAUGCCAUACUUUGGCUUGUGUGUGGAGUUUGCUGUGUUUCACUUCAACCAACAGGAGCCAGAUGAGUAUGCUUACAAGCUGCUGUGGGUGGGGCGGAGCCAGCGCGAGAAGUAUAGUUGGAUAUAUUUAAUGGACCUGGACCUGGGCCGCACAAUUUGUAAAAAGCACGACGAAGACACUGACAACUGCCCGUUGCAAGAAGGCCCAGAAGCGAAAAAGGUGAGCUGCACUUUCAUUGUGGACUCACGGCCGUGGUUUACCCAGUUCACCCUCCUGAACAGCACCUGCCAGCAGACAUGGGAGAAGGAGCUCACAACUCCCACAGCAGUUCCUUUUCCCCUGGAGCAUGAGGGUCUGGAGUCCUAGGGCUGCAUGGCACCAGAGCAAUUAAAGGCAUCUCAGAGCACGUUCUGGGUCCCUGUCAGUUUUGC